AUGCGGGCUCGGGUCAGACAGACGCAGCCUGCGACACGUCGCGUCGCGCGUCUACUGGGCACGCAGCUCGUACACGCGGGCUACGGGGUCGGACAGACGCAGCCUGCGGCGUCACAGGCAGAGGGCGCCACCGAUGAAGCGGGAAAGUCAUCCAAACACACGAUUCAGACGGUCGUUGGCGGCUCCAUCGAACUGAAGCAGAAGAAGACGCUGCUGCCCUCUAUGCCGAAGAAAGCGAAGAAGAUGAUCACGCAGUUUCGUCUGCAGGACGUCACCAAGGCGCUGACUGCCGACCAGCAACGCACGAUGGCUGCCGAUUGCAUCAAACGCAUCGUCAUGUCAGAGAAGUGCGCCAUCAACGGUGGAGCGAACCUGUCAAGGAUCAAGGUUCUGGCCAGUUUGGUGACGCAGUUUGGAGGCGAGCUCAAGCAAUUGUUGCUGGACUUCAUCUUUUCGGACGUGCGGCAGCGUGUUGACCUCAUGCUCUCCUGGCUCUACCAGGAGUACGCAGAGUUCCAGGGCUUCACCUCGACGAUGGGCGAACACAGCAAGGGUGACCCCGCCCACUACAACCACUGCCUCGUCAGUCUCCUGCAGGGUCUCCUCAGCAAGCACGAGGGCAAAGACAGAGUGAGUGCGUUCGUUAACCGGCCGGCGGCGGUGACGGUGGUGACGCAGCGUGGACAGAGGACAGCAUCAAGCUGUGUCUGUACCUGUGUCCGCUACAUGUCCACUGAUCUGUCCUUACAUGGUCUACUUACAGCGGCCGGCGGCGGUGACGGUGGUGACGCAGCGUGGACAGAGGAUAGCAUCAAGCUUUGUCUGUACCUGGUGCUGGCACUGCUGCCUGACAACCACGCUCUCAUCCACGAGCUAGCAGCAGUCUACACGGCGGCGGUCGCUGACAUCAAACGCACCAUACUGAGAGUGCUUGAAGCUCCGGUGAAGGGCAUGGGCAUGAAUUCUCCGGAGCUGCUGCUAUUGGUGGAGAAUUGUCCGAAGGGAGCGGAGACCCUGGUCACCCGCAUCAUCCACAUCCUCACCGAUAAAUCGCCCCCGUCGCAGCAGCUGGUGGAGCGUGUGCGAGACCUCUAUCACAAGCGUGUAUCUGAUGUCAGGUUCCUCAUCCCCGUCCUUACGGGCCUCUCAAAGAGAGAGGUGAUAGCGGCACUGCCUAAGCUGAUACGCCUGAACCCAAACGUAGUAAAGGAAGUGUUCAACCGACUACUGGGUGUAAAUGUUGAGGCUGGAUCAGGCCCGCUGUCUCCUGCAGAGCUGCUGGUGGCACUACACAUGAUAGAUCCAACCAAGGUCGACAUGAAGUGCAUCAUCAAAGCGAGCGGGCCAUGUGUUUCGCAGGAAGAGGAAGUCUAUACACCAGGAGGAGGCCGCUGCCGACGCGCCAUGCGCACCGUCAUACAAGUGCUCUCGCUCAGGCGUCUACCCGCGCCUCAUAGGCUCGUCAUGAACACCCUGCACCGCCUCAUAGAGAGACAGGUGUGGAAGCAAAAGAAGGUGUGGGUGGGAUUCGUAAAGUGCUGCCAGCAGACGAUGCCACAGUCGCUGCAGGUGCUGCUGGAACUGCCAGCAGAGCAGCUAGCUGACGUGUUCAAGAUCAGCCCUGAGGUGCGGCUGCCGCUGCUGCGCCACGUCCAGUCAUUCACCGACCACCAGCGAGACCACCUCAACAAGGACAUCGUCAAGGUUCUAGAGAAGGAGCCGGUCAAGGUCGAACCGCACCCAGAGAAGCUCGUCGUCGUCAUGGCAACAGAGGGCGCCGCUGACGUGAAGCUGCCGGGAGUCGUGGCGGUGUCGGCAGCCGACGUCGUCCUCGUGAAGCAGGAGGCGAAG